AAACAUCUUCAGCCCCUCACUUGUCUGCCGCGGUGCCCGCGCAACAUGCGGGCAGGGUACAGUGGCACAUGCGUGUCUUUCUUGUCUGUCGCUUACAGCAUGGCCUGGAGGACACGGCAGCAGAGUGCGAGAGGCUGGGAGCCGCUGUUCAUGCCUUCGUGGUGGACUGCAGCAAAAGGGAGGAGAUCUACAGCGCUGCUGAGAAGGUGAAAAAGGACAUGGGAGAUGUCUCCAUCCUGGUGAAUAAUGCUGGUGUGAUUACAGCUGCCGACCUGCUCUCCACUCAGGACCACCAGAUUGAAAAAAUGUUUGAAGUCAACACUCUUGCUCACUUCUGGACCACAAGAGCUUUCCUGCCAGCCAUGAUGAACAACAACCACGGUCACAUUGUCACGGUGGCUUCGGUAGCAGGUCAUUUGGUGACUUCUUUCAUGGUGGCUUAUUGUUCAAGCAAGUUUGCUGCAGUUGGAUUUCAUAAAGCUCUGACAGAGGAGCUGUCUACCCUGGGAAAGGACGGAAUAAAAACCACGUGUCUAAGCCCAGUGUUUAUAAACACGGGAUUUAUCAAAAACCCCAGCACAAGGCUUGGAAAGAUUUUGGAGGUUGAAGAAGUUGUAGAGGCCCUGAUGGAAGGAAUACUGACCAACCAGAAAAUGGUUUUUGUUCCAUCAAAUCAACGCAUUUCCUUACUUUUGGAAAGGUAA